AUACAAAAACAACAAUGAAGGAAGAAAUAGCAAAGAAGUGUUUUUGUCAAAUUGUUUGCAAUCCACCCGUGAAGCUUACUUGAAAAAUGUAAAAUGGUGAUAUUUAGAUCAUUUAUUUAGCCCUAAAAUAAUGAUAACAUAUUAAAACCUAAAAAGCCGUCACUUAUUUAGCAUACAAUAGCCCAUCGAAUACAAAAUUUUGGUGGGCAAACUUUGAAAUAAUACGAUUUUCCUUUAAAAAAAAUCGUACUUAAAAUAAAAAUGGCAGAAAAAGAAAUGCAGGCGCACGACAUGGUGCGUAGGCGUAAUUGGUCGCGUGCUAUCGCUCUUUACGACCAAAUACUUGCCCAAAUAUCUGGUUCGAAUGCUGCCUUAACCAAGUCGCAGAAAGAUAGACAAAUUGCAUGUCUGCUUGGGCGUUGCGAAUGUCUACUUGAACUAGCAAAAUAUGAAAAUUGUCUAACAGAUGCCCGCAGGGUGCUUACCUUACUAGCUGCUGAUCAAAAUGACUGUAUAGCCAGUGUUUCAAGAACUCGAAGAUGGUUGAUUCAUUCCCUGUGCAAACUCAAAAAAUUUACGGAAGCUGAGCAAAUAGCAAAGGAAUGGAUAAGUGAAAUAUCAGGUCAGCCCAGCUUUGCGGAUAUAUCCAAAACAAUAGAGAGGUACCGAACUAUAAUACAAAUGGUGAGUGGACAAAAGGCCAAUCAAAAGAUUCCAUCAUCGCGUUUGGACGAUGAGAUGUCCAUGCUUGACACCAAACUCGAUCAUUGGGCAACUAACAAUUUGCCAUUGGACAAGUUCAGCAAACUGCUGAGCAAUAAAGGACUUAAAAAGCGCGAAAAUAGUAGCCACAAUGGAGUCGUCAAUAAUAGCAGCAGCAGUUGCAGCAGCAAUAGCAGCAACAGCGCUGCAGGUUCUCUGAAUGCUGCUAGCACAGCCAUCAUUCAAAAGACCUCAGAAAUGCUGGAUAAUAUUAAAAUCGAAAACAGUGAUGGAACAAUUUCAUGCUCAUAUUGUGCGAUUUCGUGUUUGAGCAAAAAUGAAUUGCGUCAACAUUGUCAAACAGAAAACCAUCAGAAUGUUAUCAUGUCUGACCAAGGUCGUGAUUGGAAGUGGCGACCACCUCCCCGCGGCUUUGCAUUGGACACGUACAUUUUGUGUGAAAGUUUUUCAGAAUCGCAAUCAUGUCAUUACGGAAACCAGUGUGUCGAAGCUCACGGCUUAGAAGAGCUAAAUGAAUGGAAAGAGAGGUUCGAAUAUCGCAGAAUGCGAUUACAAAGAGCCUGCGAAAAGGAGCUCUAUGGCAAAAGCUACACAGAGGAAAUACUCGAAAAAUGGAUACAAGCAACUAGUCCGGAUCGCAUUAUGCGUGAAAAGGUCGAUGAAGUUGAGGAUGUUUGCAACAAUGAACUUGUCACAAGCAUAAGUUCAAAAUCAUCGAAACGUGAAUGGAUUUUCGUAAUAAAAUCUGCGAAACCAUUGAAAGCUGUAGCACUUUUGCAAGAUGCACACCGCAAUCAUUUUGCAAUUAAGUCUAUCAUCUCGGCAGACAGAAAACCUUUUGAUCUGAAAUCCGACCAGGAAUGGGUUGCCGCGUCAACGUUAAGUGAUAAAAACAUAACUAACUCUGUUACUGAUUUCUCGCAACGCUUUGAACAAAAGAUAACAAUUGAAUUCAACACAGAUAUAUAUGGUACUUUCCGUCAAUCUGUAUGCUUUGAUUUUGGCUCAGAACCAUUAUUGGUAAAGCAUCUUUGUGUAGAUGUUGUUCCAGUUGGCGAUGCAGAAAAAAUAGAAGAAAUCAAAAAGGACAUUAUUAAUUCGUCUUCAGCUAGAUGGGAUGAUUCGAAUGCGAAUUUAGUCAAAUUCGAAACGACAAUUGGAACACAUCUCAAAACUGAAGCGUUUUUGAGUGAUUUAAAGCAUGAAAAGGAUAUGCUUGAGCGUUAUCCAUGUCCACGAGCCGCUACCUUUACGCUAACACAAUCGACAAUCGUAGAGAGACGACUUACCCAAAACAACUACAGUUCUCGUAUACACGAAUUACUCUAUGUAGAAGAAAUUGCGCGUUACGAACAGAUUGCACGCUACAAUCUUACUACAAAAUUAAAGAUAACUUCCAAUUACAUCUUAACACCAGCUGGAAUGGCGACUAGUACAGCGAAGUAUUCGUUGUCUGGCGAGCUGUUUGCUCUAAUGACAUUGGGGAAAGAUAUUUCAGAAGAUACAUCGGCAGGACGCUUGAUUCUAUCGAACUGCUCGAGUGUGCACAUUUCGGCACUGCAAAGCAACGAAAUUAAAGAAGCGAACAAGAAACGUGACGUCUUUGAGGCAGUCAUUGAGGAUAAAGGCAAAAAUGUAAUCUACCUGAAGCUAUCGGCCAAGUGUGUAGAGAACAUGGGUCUCAAAGCUGAUACAGAUGCCGAAGUUGAUAUUCAGUUUCAAUUAAAUCGCCUUCCCUAUUGCGAAUGGCACAAUGCUGUGGACAAAAUAACGGAUUUCAAAAUAAUUUUCCCAGAUACAGAAAUUGAACCGAAUAUUCCGUGGACGCCGAAGAAACAAUGGUCAGAAUCGAGUGAUCUUCGGCUUAAUGCGAAGCAAAGGGAAGCAGUGAAUGCUAUAACGACACAAUUGGGCGUUAAACUGCCACCAAUUCUCUUAAUUGGACCAUUUGGAACUGGAAAAACGUACACACUUGCACAGGCUAUAAAGCAGCUAUUAACACAGCCAGAAGCAAAGAUUUUAAUAUGUACGCAUUCCAAUUCUGCUGCUGAUCUCUAUAUUAAAGAAUACCUGCAUCCAUGGAUAGAGAGUGGAAUGGAGGAAGCUAAACCUUUGAGAGUGUACUACCACAAACGUUGGGUCGCUACGGUUAACAGUGUUGUUCAGAAGUACUGCAUAACAGAUGGAGCAGGCAACUUUAGACGCCCAACCGUGGAAGACAUUAUGAAACAUCGGAUUGUUGUUGUCACACUGAGUAUAUCGAUGGAGCUUUCAACAUUGGGCCUACCCAAAGGCUACUUUACGCAUAUAUUUCUUGAUGAAGCUGCUCAAGCCAUGGAAUGCGAAGCAAUUAUGCCCCUAGCAUUGGCUAAUGAAAGUACGCGUAUUGUUUUAGCUGGAGAUCAUAUGCAAAUGAGUCCGGAACUCUUUUCGAAUUUUGCGAAAGAACGUAAGCUUCAUAUUUCUCUGCUAGAACGUUUGUACGAUCAUUAUCCGUCGAAUUUUCCUUGUAAAAUCUUGCUCUGUGAAAACUACAGAGCUCACGAAGCCAUUAUCAAGUUUACAUCAGAGCUUUUCUACGAACAAAAACUUAUAGCAUCUGGCAAGCAACCUCGUCAUGAUCGAUUCUACCCGUUAACAUUCUUUACAACUAGAGGUGAAGACGUUCAAGAUAAAAAUUCAACAGCUUUUUACAACAACUCGGAGGUGUAUGAGGUAGUUGAGCGUGUGUGCGAAUUGCGAAAAAAAUGGCCAAGUUCUUGGGGAAAGAUGAAUGAUGCUAGCAUUGGCAUCAUGACUCCAUAUGCUGAUCAGGUUUUUCGAAUAAGAUCAGAGCUUCGUAAGCGGCGGAUGGGUGGAAUAUCAGUAGAGCGAGUGCUAAAUGUACAGGGCAAGCAAUUUCGGGCAAUAUUUUUGUCUACAGUUCGAACUCGCCGCACUUGCAUGCCCAAUAGCAGUUCUUCUAGCUCAUCAGUGAGUGACGAUGCCGAUUAUGGCUUUCUGAGUAAUUCGAAAUUGCUUAAUACUGCUAUUACACGAGCACAAAGUCUUGUAGCCGUAGUAGGAGAUCCAGUGGCUUUGUGCUCGAUAGGUCGAUGUCGUAAGGUGUGGGAACGAUUCAUUGAAAUAUGCAAUGAAAAUAAAUCCCUCUUCGGAAUAACAUGGUCGUAUUUGCGUUCACAGCUCGAUGGGGUUGAAUUAAAGCGCAGUUAUGUACUUAAUCCUCUAGCUCCUGAAUUUAUACCGCGUGCUCUGCAACCGGAAGCCUAUUUGCGCGACCAGACAGCAAUGUAUUUACUAGGUGCCAGUAACCAGCAUAGCAUAGCCGGCGCACAUCAUCAACCAAAUAAUCAAAUUCCUUCCAUGUACGGUAAUUUAGGUGGUCCCUAUGCUAUGUUGAACCAAUCUCAGAUGGCUCAAGUUGCAAAAUCUGCACACCACAACCAGUUUCAUCAUGGCAACAUUCCUAUGCGACCAAUAGGUCCACCGCAACACAAUCCAACGUUUAGCAUGCAAGCCCAAAAUCGGCCACCAACGCACAUACCACAGUCACAACAACAAUUUCCCCCUUACAUGAUUUGGCCCCAACAACAACCGCCGCAACAACAACAAUCAAAUGCUAACAUCCCCAACCAAAUGAUGCGACCAACCUAUCCGGGGCAGCAGCCCCCCAUUCAGCCACCUCAAAAUCAGAAUCCGAAUGCUAGUUUGUGGGGACCACCGCCACAAAACAAUCCGUGGGGAGUAAUUCCGAAAUCAGGUAUACCGAACCCUAACCAUCGGCCCCCAAACCAAAUGCCAAACUCUGUUUUGCCGCAACAAAAUUCGUCUCAUAAUAUCACAAUGCCUAGUGCACCACGCAGUCAACAAGGUGUUCAAUCACUUCCCCAGCAUCAGCUGCCAAACGCUGGACCAUUAGCAGUUCAAAAUCAGUCGCAAAAUCAAAUUCGUGGACAAAAUGCUGACAUAGGCUUUAUAAAGAAGUCCAUGUAUCAGCAUCCCAAUCCGGCUGCCAACAUUGGUUACAACAACCCAAUAAACCAGCCGAUUCUGCUGAAUAAUCGAUUGAACAACUCAUAUUCCAAUGGACCCAUCAGUCCCGCAACUGGGGGUCCCGGUCUUGAGCCGUUCGUUAGACCAGGUCCGAAUGUCCCUCUUAAUUUGCACCAUCAGAAUAGUCUGAUCGCCGCUAAUAACAGUGGCGGUCAUAAGGAGAAAGACUUUCAGUUCUUAAACAACGUACAUAUUCCCGUCAAUAUUGGUGGAUCUCUAUUCCAAGCACCGCCCACAGUUUCGGCUGUGCAAAAUCCAACAAGUCAUAUGCCAACUUUUCAGGAAUACAGUUCUCUUCUGCCGCCCAAUAUGACUAUCUACGAAAUGGCUUUUGAGCCAAAGGAAUCCCAAUACAAGUGGUAUCUAAAGCUUCUCGAAAUUCAUGGUCAAGAGUCGGCGAACAAAUUCACUGAAAUUCUGCGACAGGCAAUGGGGAUAAUGCAUAACUCAAAACCCAACAGUGUUCCAUCUCUUCAAACAAACCAACAACAGCAACAACAACAAUUGUCCAUGCAGAUAUCACAGAAUCAACAACAUCAACACCAUCACCAGCAGCAGCAACAACAACAACAGCAACAACCACAACAGCAGCAACACUCAGUUUCUAUGCCUAGAUCUGCAGGUGGAUUCGCAGGACCACCAGCAAAUGUCAUGUUAUCCAAUCGUGGUGGCACACCGCCAUCAUCAACUGAGCCUUCGAUGAAUUUCAAUCAACAAAUCGAUAUGGUAUUCAAUUCAUUAAUGAAUGGCAACGAUAUAAGCCAACCGAUUCUUCGAGAAAUAUUGGGAAUGGUUGGAAAUGCUGGUGGUGGUGGUAAUGGAGGGGGUGUGAACAAUAGUGGAAACUCUAACAUUGCGCCUAGUGGAAAUAUCAAUCCAGUUAAUAUUCAGCAGCCCAGUGUUAAUAUGAUUGGAAAAGAAUUUCCUUUAGCUCUGCAACAACAAAAGACAGCUCCCUCACCACUUUUUCCAAAUCAACAAAAUGUCAUGGCUGGAAACAAUGAUUUUUUGUUGGGAAAUGAUCUCCCUGGCACAUCAACACCACGAGUUGAGUCUGUGCCUUUGUACCGUCGGCAAGUUAUGAACAAUGGAAACUCCAGCUAUCACGGUUCGAAUUCGUCCUCGUCAACUGCUCACUCUAUUGCAUCAUCGACUCCCGACAAUCUUUUGGACAGUGGCAUCGGCAGCAGUAAUCAAAUUCACUCCUCCGGCAAUCUUAUUGACACUAUCUUCAACAUCUCUUCAACUAACGACUUGUCAGUUACGGCUGCCGCCUAUCAAAAUAGUUCAUUUCAAAAGUUAUUCUACAAUAACUUUCCAUUAAAACUAAAUGAUUUAGAUAUGAGAAAUGAACGAGCGAUACCUCAACAACCACGGCAGCAUCAUAUCUCAGUAAUGCAUCCCCAACAGCAGCAACAACAACAACAGCAGCAGCAAGUCCAAAUGCAAAUGCAUAAUCAUGGAGAGCCACGUAACACAACGUAUGCAGCUGUCCUGAGUCAAGGGAAUGUCGUUCCAAACUCGCAGCUUCAUCAACUCCAUCAUUCGUCCCAAGGACAUGUAGUAAGCGACGAGAAGGAUCCAUUUGCUGCAAUCAGAGAGCUUGGUCAAGGCACCAAUGGCUUCUAUAAUUAUUUUCAAUAGAAAUUAUUUUAAAUAAAUAAAACUUAUUAUCAUAAUACUAGGCUUACACUUAGUUAAACUCUUAAGAUUAAAAAAAUUAAAACAAAAAAAAACCAGUCUGGUUAAAAAAAAUUCAAAAAAAAAAUUAAUAAAACAAAAAAAAAUUAACAACAAAAAAAAAAUAUUGUGAAUAUUUUAAAAACUAAUAAUCAUUAUGAAAUAGUUUAUUUGCAUUUCGCUUAUGUUUUUAUCAGUUAAAAAAAAAUUACAUACAUACACACUUUAAGAAUAUAGUUCAUAGAAAGUGAUUUAAAAUCAUAAAUUGGCAUAACAACAUAAUAUUAUGUACUUCAGAUAAAUGUAGUUAUAAUUUGAUUAAAUAAAAAUUUAAAUAGUUUGUAAAAAAAACGAACAUUAAAAUAUUUAUAUAUGUAUGUAGAAUUUUAAGUACAAGCAAGACCCUAAAACAUGCAAGAAUAUAUAUUUAACAUCAAAAUAUUUGUAUUCACAAGGAAAAAUAACAAAACAAAAUAAAACAACAGAAAUGAAAAGAAAGAUCAACACAAAAACAACACAAAUUAUUAAAAGAAAAAAUUAUUAUUAUUGGAUAUGCGCACUUCAAUUUGUUGACAUUUUUGUAUUUAAUAGAACUGAUUGCAUAUUGAAAAUGUAUACCGAUGAAAACAGUAAAAGUAGCAAAACCAGAAUCAUGUUUCAGUUUCAAGAUUAUUACACAAAAAAAAAAUUAAAAAAAAAACGUGGAUAAAUAUUUUUAGGUAAGAUGAUGAAAAUACAACAUUUCUAAAUGUAAAAAGAUAU